AUGAACGACAACAUCAGACCUAACCCUCUCGACACAAAUGGUCUGUGUCUCUUAUCCCUCGACGGUGGAGGAGUUAGAGGACUAUCAACCCUCUACAUCCUGCGGGAUAUCAUGCUCCAGCUGAGCCUCGAGCGCGGGUCCCAGACUAUCCUAAAACCCUGCGAUGUAUUUGAUCUAAUCGGAGGUACCAGCACAGGAGGACUAAUUGCAAUAAUGCUCGGGCGAUUGGAGAUGAGCAUCGACGGAUGUAUACUAGCAUACACCCAACUUAUCAACUCUGUUUUUGGCGAAAAGGUGAACAGCAUCCCAGUGGACUGGUCAGGAAAUAUUCGGCCCCAAUACGACAGCCGGAAGCUCAAGGCAGCCAUUGAAAAUGUCAUUGAAGAAGCUGGUGCAGCACCUAAUGACCUACUGGACGAUGGUGCUCAUCGCAAUUGUCGAGUCUUUGUCUGUACCACAGCCAAGGAUACUCUCCAGAUUACUCGGCUACGAAGCUACCCCGUGCUGAACGAGGAUACUUUGCCAGCGACAAUCUGCGAGGCAGCCCUUGCUACCUCCGCAGCAACCGGGUAUUUCGAGUGCGCGACAAUCGGAAAUCGGCAAUUCGUGGAUGGUGCCUUCGGCGCCAACAACCCCGUAGAAGAAGUCGAGGAAGAAGCAGCUGAUAUCUGGUGUACAACUAACCGCGACAUCAAGCCUCUGGUCAAAUGCUUCCUGUCCGUUGGCACCGGGUGUCCUCAGAAAAUGCCCAUUGACGACAACAUGAUCAAGUUUCUAUCGAAGACACUUGUCAGAAUGGCUACGAAGCCGGAAAGUACGGAACGGCGAUUUAUGGCUCGGUGGAGUAAUGAACUCAGACGGAAGCGUAUCUUUCGAUUCAAUGUUGAUCAGGGUCUUCAGGGUGUUCAUAUGACUGAGUUUGAGAAGCGGAGUUUGAUAGAGUCCGCAACGCAUGACUAUUUGCACCAUGCGACUCAGAAAGAUCGGAUUCGAGAAUGCGUUCUCAAUUUGGCUGGUAAAGAGGGGAAAACGGACCUAGACUUCGAUAUGACCAUGCGGGAACACGAAGCCCGAGCCUUCAGAAUACAAUUCCUUAAAAACACGCACUCCGGAAUUGAUCCAUUGCUAGCAGAAGGAUCUCCGUGCUGGGUAGUCCCCUUCGAGCGAAACUCUAGAUUUGUCGACCGGGAACUCCUCGGAAAAGUCAAACGAAGUCUAUUCUCUCAUAAUCAUCCCGGGAUAAUUGGCAUCUUCGGCCUUGGAGGCGUUGGUAAAACCCAGAUUGCUCUGGAGCUGGCAUAUCAAACAAAAGAGAUGUAUCCUGAUUGUACCGUUAUCUGGCUUCCAGCGGUCGACAUGGAAAGUCUCACCCAAGCUUAUCUGGAGAUUUCUCGUCAGCUGGGAAUUGGCCAGUUUGACACCGACAAAGAGGACGUGAAAAGAAUUGUCCAAAAGCAUCUAAGUCAGCCACAGAGUGACCGAUGGCUGAUGAUCAUUGACAACGCUGAUGACAUCGAUAUGUGGAGCGAUGGUGUCCCUGAUUGUACUACUUCUGGCCUUCGAAGCUUCCUACCCAAGAGCGAUCAAGGGACUAUCCUCUUUACUACGAGAAGUACACGGGUCGCUCAGUAUCUCGCUCCAAGAAACAUGAUUGAGAUUCCAGAGAUGGACGAGCAAAAAGCUUUAAAAGUUCUACGCAAUUCCCUUUUCAACAAGAACCAUCUCGAAGAUGACCACGGCGCGCGCAGACUUCUUGAACGGCUGACCUUCCUACCAUUAGCGAUUGUCCAAGCGGCUUCAUUCAUAAACGAAAACCAAACAGAUAUUGCAAGCUACGUCAGGCUACUCGACGGACAAGGGGAGGACGCCAUUAAUCUUCUGAGCGAGGAAUUUGAGGACGAGGGCCGGUAUAGAAGUACUCGCAAUCCAGUCGCCACUACCUGGCUCACCUCCUUUACGCAAAUACGAAAGACCAACCCACUUGCUGCUGACUGUCUGGCGUUUAUGUCAUGUGUGAAUGCAAAGGACAUUCCUACCUGUCUUCUGCCUGUAUCAGAAGGUAUUGAACGAGAGAAAGCCAUCGGGGUUCUCAGUUCCUAUUCGUUCGUCCGUACGUCACAAGCUGGUACACGGCUCGAUAUGCAUCGACUGGUGCAUCUCGCAACCAAGAAUUGGCUUCGAUCGGUAGACUCACCACAGAACUGGCAGGCGCUUUCCCUCAAAGUUGUAGCUCGCCAAUUUCCAUUUGCCGAUACUAUCCACCGAAGCGAUUGGCGUGCUGCAGUACCUCACGCUCUCCAAGUCCUGCUGUUAACACCGGAUGAAGUUUAUACUGCGGAUAGAGCUCACUUGAUGCAUGUGGUUGGUUCCUGUCACGCCCUGGAUGGAAGAUACCGGGAAGCCGAAAAGAUGUUUUUGCAUUCAGGGGAAAUAUCCGAGAGGCUAUUUGGUGCGGCCGACUGUCGCACCCUCAGGAUUCGCAGUUCCUUAGCAUACACGUAUCAGGCGAUGGACCACCUGGGGAAAUCGAUCAAGAUAUUCGAGGACGUUUUAGAACAGCACAAAAACGUUUCAGGUCUCGAUAACCAAGACGCAGUGGAUGUCAUGAGCAAAUUAACCAGCUCAUAUCGACUAUCUGGAAACCUGCAAGGCGCAGAAGAACUCUGUGACAAAGUUGUGAGAUAUAAUCUCGAGACAAUGGGCCCUGAAUCUCAAAGCACCCUGGAUGCAAUCUUCAACAUGACCUUGAUCUAUUACGCCCAGGGCCGACUUUCCGAUGCAGAGAAACUGGCACAGCAGUCCUUGACCAUAAUGAAAAGGCUUCUUGGACUAGACCAUCCACACACAAUCUCUGCCACGACAAGUCUGGCGGACAUAUACAUGGAGAGCUGGAGACUCAAAGAGGCCGAGGCAUUAUAUUUAGAUGGUCUGGAGAGAGGUCGGCGGGUCAAUGGGCCAGAUCAUCCAAGCACAACACGCGAUCUUUACCAGCUGGCCUGGCUGGCAAAACUACAAGGAAGACAUGCCGAAGCUAUUUCUUUGAUGAGAGAGUGUUCUGAACUGAACGCGCGCGUGUUGGGCACAGAUCAUUACCAAACCGUUCAGACUUUUCAGACCCUCGAAAGCUGGACGACCACGAAAAAUCUUUCUGUGCGUUUCAGAUCUCGAUUUAGCACGAUGGAACGGUCGGCAAUGAUGCUCCAAAGACGGAAGCAUUAUCCUCGGGUGAAGGUCCUAGGUGGUCUGUAUACAGUCCGGCGGGAGCCAAAGGACAAUUCGCUUGUUCGCGAGGUUGUCAGGGCUGUCAAGGAUAUGCCUGUGAGCAAGCACGUAUCGAGUGAUGAGGUUACCAGGUGGAAAGCAGACAAGAAAAGAGUGGAUUCAAGGAAAAGUGGGCACGUCCCCCAGGUUACAGCACCGCCCUGCACUCAGUGA